UCCUUUGUGAGUUUUGGGGGCGGGUCGUAGGUCGUGGCCUGCUGGUGAAGCGAGGGGCUCUUGGUUCUUGGGUUUUGGCUCAUUGACAAUAAGCAUUUGUGAACGAUAAGCAAAGGAUUAGAGGUAUCAAUCAGAUCCCAUGAAGGAAUAAAUCCGAAAGAACCAAUUUCGCGGAUAAUUUUGGUUGAUUCGGUAUGUCGAGCUUCAAAUUCCCUCGCUUUCCUCUUGUUUCUCAUCUUCCUGCUUGAAACCCACCAACCCACAACGCUAAUUCCCUCGCUCUUCGUCUUUAACUCCCGUCCGAAUGCCGCUAACCGCUGUUUCUCUCGAUUCUUCUGUCCAUUGCUUCACCGGACUUCCUUCUCGCCCUGGAUUUUAUCGGAGUUUUGGGGUUCGUCCUUCGAUUUCUCCAAAACCCAGUCGGUUUUUUCUUUGCUGCAAAAAGGUUGAAGUAUCGGAGCCUAAGCAUUUUGCGAGCUCCUUCAAUUUCUCGAAUGAGGGUGCGGCGGUUUCUAAAUUUAGGAGCGCUAAUGCCAAGGAUAUAGAUGUUGCUACUCUUGGAAAUCUUUGUGUGGAUAUUGUGCUUAAUGUUCCUAAUUUACCUCCAGAAGAUGACGAUGAGCGCAAGGCGUAUAUGGAACGCCUGUCCUCCUCGCCUCCUGAUAAGCGGUAUUGGGAAGCAGGCGGCAACUGCAAUAUGGCAAUAGCGGCUGCUAGAUUGGGACUUCGUUGUGCUACAAUUGGUCAUGUGGGAAAUGAAAUCUAUGGCCAAUUUCUUCUUGAUGUACUUCAUGAUGAAGGAAUUUCUACUGUUGGAAUGAGUAAUGUUAGUCAUGUUGCCAGUUCUAAGACCUUUUAUGAGACUCUUCUAUGUUGGGUUCUGGUGGAUCCACUACAAAGACAUGGUUUCUGCAGNCGAGCUGAUUUCUCUAAGGAGCCUGCUUUCAGCUGGAUUAACGAACUAUCUGGAGAGAUUAAGACGACUGUUAGACGGUCAAAGGUCCUGUUUUGUAAUGGUUAUGGCUUUGAUGAGCUCACACCUAACUUCAUUAUUUCAAUUGUAAAAUAUGCGUUGGAGGUUGGAACGUCGAUCUUUUUUGAUCCUGGACCACGUGGAAAGAGCUUGUCUGUUGGUACUCCUGACGAAAUAAGUGCUUUAGGCCAUUUCUUGAGGAUGAGUGAUGCUCUACUUCUAACGUCUGACGAGGCCGAGUCCCUGACUGGCAUAAAGGAUCCAAUACUAGCAGGGAAGGAGUUGCUAAAGAAAGGCGUGCGUACAAAGUGGGUUAUUGUCAAAAUGGGUCCGAGAGGUUCAAUUUUGAUAACUAAGACGGGCAUCGCUUGUGCACCUGCGUUCAAGGUGAAUGUUGUUGACACUGUUGGAUGUGGAGAUAGCUUCGUAGCAGCAAUUGCCUAUGGUUAUAUACACAAUUUGCCAACCUUGGACACACUAACAAUUGCGAAUGCUGUGGGUGCUGCUACAGCCAUGGGUUGUGGUGCUGGUAGGAGUGUUGCAACCUUGGAAAAAGUAUUAGAACUUAUGAUGAAAGCAAAUAUCAACGAAGACAAUGACUUUUGGAAUGAACUGUUCAGUGAAAAUUUGGAUUCUCAAGAGAUCACGAUAAUGUCGAAAUCGGAUGUCAAUGGAGACAACCGACCGGUAAAUUACGUUGUGUUGCAUAAGAUGCUGUCUAGAUUGCUGCCUAUGCUAGAACAUGCACAAUAUGAAAGAAAAUUGACGUCUUAGAAUUAACUUUUAGUUACAAUUACAGUUCUAUGAAAGGUAAAAAACAUGUUUGAUGAUGAAUUAGAUUCAUAGACGAUUGUUCAUGGAAUCUUCUUCUAGCAGCCAAGAACUGCUGUGGGAUUAACAGGAGGCAUUCUUUGGCUUCAACGAUCUCUUCUUUUCGGCAUACGAAGAUGUAAGUCUUUUUUUUUUUUUCUUCUUUAAUGUUAUCAUUAGGUCGGAAUGUAAUCAAAUUUGCUGUUGUCUCGAACUAGUUGUAUGCGUUCUUAAACGAGUUCUUAGUUUGAAUGAUUUAUAAACAGUAUGGAUGGCUCUAAACCCAAUUUUCUUUGGGACUGUGCAUUUGUGUAAAUAUAAAUACCCUUGGAGAACUUUCUUAUGAAUGCCUUUAGGUUUGGGAGUUUUUUACUCCA